AUGGGCACUUUUGAGUUGGACAAAAUGGUAAAGAAGAAUGACGAUUUGAACUCAUUUUACGAAUGUAGGAAAAAAGAAAAUGAGGUAAGCAAAUUAUCUGUGGGUGCAUUGAGUAGGGCUCCUGGUCGCGGCGUGGAAGAGGACAGCGAUCUCCAUAAGGGGGUCAGCAUAAAUGAUCACCCCACUGGAGAGAAGGGUACAGUGCAGUCAUUUCGCAACACGCGCUACAGUCACAACGUACGAAAUAACUGUAUUCGAGGAGGAGCUCAAAAUGGUAGGAGUGGUCCAAAUGGCCCAGUGGGAACAUCUGGAAGUGAACUGGAAGAAGAUGACGAAGAUGAGGAGGACGAGGAAGAUUCGAGUUACAUAGAAUGCGUCUCAAAUGAUGACAAUUCAUAUUACUCCCUUUACGAGGGCUAUAAAACAAAUUACAUAAUGGAGUCCCUGUUUGAUAGAAACUCAUUUGUGUACUUCCUGGUCCCAUUUAAUAAAUACAGUUAUACAAAUUAUUACACGAAUUGGAACAAGCUCAGCUUUCGUAUGUACGCUUCGCUAAAUUGUGUGCAAGACAGACCUGUUAAAAGAAAGAGAAAAAUAAACCACGUCGACAGGUGUGGAAGUGACAGCAAUACUAGUGAAGGGGUUAUGUUGAAGGGGGCGCUUUCUGCAUUAGCGCAACAGGAGAAGAGAGGGAGAAGCGCUUUCCACAGCGGUGUAAACAACGAUUCCCCUUCGCUUCAUAUACCGAAGCAUAAUGGGAGAGCAGCAAAUACGGAGGUGGGAUCCCUGCUGAGUGGACAACUUCCUUCGCAAACCAUCGCCCAGUACAGUGAAGCUGAAGAUGUCAAUUUCAGGAACCCCGUUAUCCGCAUGAUGAAUAAUUUUUUGUACUUUCUCCUGUUAAGUGAAUUUUUCACCUUUAAUGAGAUAAUCAAGUUAAUGCCCUUGUGCAAAUGUUCUUAUGAAAUAUUCAAUCGCUUCUUUUACGUUAAUGUCCAUGUGAAUCCGUUUAGACAGAGUGUUAAGGACAUUAUACGAUUUUUAAAUGAGAAUAAAGAAUACCAGUUUUAUAUUUUGAAGGGGUCGCACUGUAUGGAGGACAACUGGGAGAGUCGCCUUGAACAUAAGAGGGAGCUACUCACUUUCGAGUCCAUCAUCGGUGGGGUGCGUGACCCUGAGGAAGGUCCUUCAAACGAGGGGCAAACCUCAAGUAAAAAAGAAGCCACGUUAAACAAAGCAGAAAAGGUUGGAGGUGGAAAUUCGGAUGGACAGCAUGGGGUAUCCCCCCCUGGUGAUCUCAGCAACAAGAGAGGAAUGGAAGAAAGCGAUGCAGGGAAUAACCUUAUAGACAAGCAAUACUCAAGAAAGGAGGCAGGAAUACCAUCCUGGAAUACAGACCAGAGUGGGAGUAACCCCCUGGAGAAAGCAAAGAAGAGUAUAAAAAAUGGAGAAAAGGUACUCUACACAAAUAAUAUUAUGAACAUGAGGUACUUGUUCAGUUUGUAUGAAUUCAUUCGCAUCUAUUUAAGCAAGGACAACAGAGAGGGUGUAACUUUUUGCACCUCCGAGGAUAAAUUUAAACGUAGUUCCAGCAGACGGAGGGACGUUUUUUACGGGGAUGUUUUUCCUUAUGGCAAUAAAAUCAGCUCCUUUGAAUAUAAAAUAAAAUUAAAGAAACAUGUACAGAGGAGAUGGAAUUUGAAGAGCAACUAUGUGCAUGAGAAUUACUUUGUACACAAGACGAGGGGGUCAAAUGGUCCACACAGUGGUUUACUAAAAUUAAUUCACAAUAAGCAUAGUCAAUUAUACCCCUCGUUUAGUUCCUUCCUCUCCAUGGACAAAUGUGGGUGUGUAAAUUUGUGGAAGGUCAAUGAUGUGAAUUCGUUGCUUCCUACCCGUUUGCUGGAGGCGCAGCUGACGUGGGAGGGGCAGAACGCCCUCGCCCCCAGGGAUGCCGUGAACCUCAGGGAUGACACCUUUUUGGUGGCCGAUGAUUCGGCGUUAUAUUUCUUCUCAUUGGAAGGAACGAACCCUAUGUCGGCGAAGCGAAUCGCGCAGCUGGACGCUCAGCGCAUUAGUGACGCAGGAAAAGUGAAAAACGUAGUGAUUAGUGAAAAGGGGAAGUGCAGUGUGGGGCUUAACCAAGCCAUAUGCUGCCGCAUAGACCUAGAGAGCGGUACGGUGGAAAGCGAAAAACGGCUGAUGGAAGAUUUAAAGAAAAUUCACUGCUUUGAUUAUAACACGAACAUUGUUAUGAGCACAAAGAACAUCCUCAUUGAUGAUAAGAGAAUGUCAAACUACGUCUCUUAUGUGAAUUAUAAUCUAAUUGAUUACGAUAAUGAUAAAAAAUAUUUUAACAGUGAAAAUUAUUUCCAUGAUUUUAGUCUAACGGGCAUAUCACUAACUUCUUUGAAUUCAAACAACUCCAUUUUUUUAUUUGACCUGAGGUACAAAUACCCCUCCACGUGUCUGCAUUACGAGAGUGCCAUCACAGAAACGCACACUAAUAAGCAAAAUGAGAAAAUUCAUUACUUGUUAAAUUUGAAGAGAAAUUAUAACUCCCGGUUCUACUGCAGUAAUAAAAAGUACAGUGGUUUCCACGACAACAUAAUUUUGAGUCCAUUGGUGACACGGAAGAAGCAGGAACAAAAUAAAGGGGAAGAUAAUUUCGUAAAAGAUAAAAUCAUUUCAGAUGAAUCAUUCAUUUAUACUAUUGUAAAGGAGGGAAGUGACAGAGAUAUUGAUGGGUGUAAUUUACCUACUUCCUUUAUGAAUAUAUGGAGAUGGUGUGAUAAAAGACAAUUUAAAACCUUUUUUCAUUACUAUGAAGACAUAACCGCUGGAAAAAGGAAUUAUUCCAACAUGUUUCUUUCAUCCCUAUCGGAAAACACAUCAUCAUCGUACGUCAAUGCGGAACGUAGUGGAGGAUCCAACUUGAGGGGUGACUUGUUGUCUUCUGGGGAGGUUUUGGAAGGCAGUACAGGACCUUAUUACUACAGAACGCUGACUUUUGAUCAAAUUUAUAAAUUCCUGGACACUCCAAAUCAUUUAUUCCUCACCUAUGAAAAUUCGAACUAUAUUCAUUCCCUGUUGUCUCCUUCUCAUGGGCUCGAGCUGAAGAGCUCCCUCAAGGAAGUUCCCUUUUUCAUGCAUCCCACCAAUUUGUGA